AUGGGAGACUCGUUUUCACUUCUGAAGAUCAACCCCAAGCUCUUGCGGCGGAUAUACCGGGCUUGCAGACCCACCCUUACAGAACCCAAUUUGGCUCUCAACCUUGAGAUCUGUGACUAUGUGAAUGCCAAACAAGGGUCAUUGCCCCGUGAGGCGGCCAUUGCCGUUGUGAAACUCAUCAACCAGAGAGAUCCACAAACAUCCGAAUUGGCCUUGGCUCUUUUGGACCAUUUGGUGAAAAACUGUGGCUAUCCUUUCCAGCUCCAGAUCUCCAGAAAGGAGUUCUUGAACGAGUUGGUCAAGAAGUUUCCCGAAAGGCCCACCUUGCGCUACCUGCGUGUCCAGCGCCUCAUCUUGGCUCAGAUUGAGGAGUGGUACCAGACAAUUUGUAAAACUUCCAAGUACAAGAGCGACUUUGGCUACAUCAGGGAUAUGCACCGUUUGUUGGCCAACAAGGGCUACGUGUUCCCUGAGGUCAACGUGGAGGACGCAGCGGUGCUUAAUCCAAGCGACACGCUCAAGUCCUUGGAGGAAAUCGAGAAAGAGGAGGCCGUGGUUCACAGUGCCAAGUUGCAAGAAUUGAUCAGAAGAGGCAAGCCCCAGGAUCUCCAGGAGGCCAACCGCUUGAUGAAGCUCAUGGCUGGGUUCAAGGAUAAUUCGGAGGAGAACAAGAAGAAGGUCAACGACGACGUGGCUCGCUUGAAGCGCAAGACGGAGAUUUUCGCUGAGAUGCUCAAUUCGGUGGAAUCUGCCGGUGGAGGCGUCACCGACGACAACGAGACGCUUUCAGAGCUCUACGGGCAGAUCAAGUCGUCGCACUCGGUGGUGACCAAGAUCGUCGAGGAGGAGAACGACGACGAGUCCUAUGUUCUGGAGCUUUUGGGCCUCAACGACUUCAUCAACCAGUUGUUGCUGAAGUACCAGUAUUUGAAGACAGGUGAUGCUGCUCAGGCCGCAGAAAUCAAGGUCAGCGGUGGCGCCUCGGGCGCUGCAGCCGCCAAGGAGUUGAACUUGAUUGAUUUUGAUGAUGACGAGCCUAUCAGUGGCGAUUCCACAGGCAAGGACCAGCAGGGCUACAACGACUUGCUCAGUGACUUGGGUAAUUUGAACUUCGGUGGUGGUAGCACCAGCUCCUCCACCGCUGGCGGUGUCAACCCAUUGGACCUCUACGGAGCCGGUGGUUCUAUUUCUCUUGGAGGACCAGCUCCUGCCCAAACAGGUCCAUCCCUGUCCAACUCAAGCGUUUUCCAGCAACAAGCUGCUCCCUCCACGCCAUCUGCACCAUCUGCACCUGCCACAAAGUCUGCUUUCGACUUUGAUCUCCUCUCAGACUUCAAACUGCCUUCCCCAGAACUUCAAAGCAACAACAACACUUUCAACUCGGCUAGAGCUUCCCAGGUGCAGACAUCUGGCAAGCAGAAUGCUCAGAACAUCAUCGAAACCGACGGUCUCAAGAUCGAGGCCGAACCUCACAGAGAUUCUUCCCCUACCUUGUACAAGGCUCGUUUGUAUAUGAGCAACACCCUGGACGUGACCAAGCUGGGUGUUUUACUUUCUAUUGCUGUGCCUAAGGGCUGCAAGUUGGAUUUGAAACCACAAAGCGGUAAUCUCAUCUACGGCCACACUACAAGACACAUCACCCAAGACGUCACAAUAGAGAACCCUACGAAUAAGACGUUGAAGGUGAAAUGGAAGCUCACAUACACCGCUGCUUCUAGCAAUCAUGAGCAGACGGGUGUGACUGUGUUGAGCGAAUAA